AUGUUUUAUAAAAAUAUUAUAACUUCUAUUAUUAUUAUUAUUAUAAAUGGUUAUAUUCAUUUAUAUAAUCAACAAUUAUUAUUAAUUAUUAAUGCAACACAAUUAACCCGUUAUCAACGUUCAUUAAGUAUGAAAAAUAUUAUAUUAUGGCCAAAUGGUAUUGUACCAUAUAUUAUUGAUGAUAUAGAUAAAACAAAAACUAAUGAAUUUACAGAAUAUUUUAGUAAACUUGAUGUUUUAUUAAUUAAAAAAGCGAUGUCAAUUAUUGAAGAAGAAACAUGUAUACAAUUUUAUGAUCUAACUUCUAGAAGAAAUACUCGUAGAUUUUAUGAUAGACAUUUGAUUCGAAUUAAAGGUCGAGGUCAAAGAGGAUGCUAUUCAUCAUUAGGCAUGAUGAGAAAUAGGAAUCAAGUUCUUCGACUUGGUCCAACUUGCCGAACCGUUGGUCAAAUCCUUCAUGAAUUACUUCAUGCAUUAGGUGUAAUGCAUGAAAUUAUGCGACCAGAUCGUGAUCAAUACGUUAUUCUACAUGAAGAAAACAUUGAUAAAUCAUAUUUGGAAGAAUUUAAAAAAAUUAAAGAACAUCAAUCUAUUUUAACAAAUCGUAAAUUUGAUUUUCAAUCAAUAAGUUUAUAUGAUCCUUUUACUUUUACAUCAAACGGUAAUCCAGUAUGGGAACCAAUUGUUAAUUUAGAUGAUGUACCAUUGUUUUCAAUCAGUGAAAAAUAUUUAUCAUUUGAAGAUACUGUUGGUUUAAAUCGACUGUAUAAGUGUGAUAGAUCUUGCUCCAAUCAAAGUAGACUGUGUGAACCAGGGGAAUUUCGAAACAAACAUUGUGUUUGUAUAAAUGCCUCAAAAUAUGCUUUUGAUCGGUGUAAAGAUGAUGUCAAUGAAACUAAAUAUUGCAGUGAUGCAGUUUCUAAAAAUAAAUGUUAUGAUGAAGCGAAAUAUGCCAUACCUUUUUGCAGACGUACAUGUGGUAGAUGUUUUCGGGACGGUUCAAUAGGAAUAUCAACACCUCCAAAAAAGUUAUGUCAAGAUGUGGAGAUUAAUAUGUGCGAGACCUACGUUAAAGAAGGAUAUUGUCACUUUGAUGGUUGGACUAAGUUAAAUUGUCAGUAUUCCUGUAACCUUUGUCCAUCACCUGAAGUCGUCAAGAGACAAGUUGAAACAAGUGAUGUGAGAGCAUAUUUAGAAGCUUAUCGCAAAGGUGAUUGUUUCAAUAGGUAUGAUGAUUUACGGUGUGAAGUAUUUGCUGAACGUGGUGAUUGUCGUACAAAUCCUGGUUUCAUGUCUAGUCAGUGUACUCAGUCAUGUGGUUUAUGUCCAGAGGUAGAAAACCAGCGUCCAAAUGGUAGCUAUACUCAGUCUUCCCAUACAAUACGAUUACCGGCACCUUGUCGUAAUUAUAUUGAUGAUCAACGUUGUGAUGCCCUUGCUAAAGAAGGUAAAUGUUUUGGUACAACAUUGAAACAAUGUCUUGGUUCAUGUAAUAAGUGUGGUGAUAAUUAUCAACGUCAAACUACUGAAAUUCCUCAUACUACAACAACAACCAAUAUUAUCAAUAAUAAUAAGUCAUUAUUGUCAUUCGAAUGUGAAGAUCAAUCAUUAUUAUGUUCAUAUUAUAAAAAUACUUUAGAAUGUAAAACAAAUAAAAUUAUUAUGUUGGAAAUGUGUCCUAAAACUUGUGAAUCUUGUGAAACAAAUUGUGAAGAUAUUGAUUCAUUAAGUGUGUGUAAUGAUCUUGUUCAACGUGGUUAUUGUAACUUAUCAAAACCACAUACUCAAAGAUGUAAGAAAAGUUGCGGUAUUUGCAAAGAUACGAAAGUUUUGAAGACAAAUUCAUCCAAUAAUGUGACUAGUGUAAUUAUAUCAAACAGGACAACAGAAAUUCGUGAAACUAUCAGUACUACAACAGUAGCUCCAACAAAUUCUGUUACUUUUUCUACAACAAAAGAUAGUUUAAAUAGCAUCGAAAUGACGUCUACAAUAUCUAGAACAGCAGAAAUCUCGAGCAGAAAACCAUCACCAAAACAUAAAUUUGUAACUAAAAGAACGUAUUUACCGUCAGAAUAUUCUGAGGACAAACAAGAAUGUAUCGAUCAAUAUCCGAAGACAACAUGUGUCGCUUGGAAAAACACAGGUUACUGUAAUUUUCCACAUGUCUCCAAAUUAUGCUUAAAAACAUGUCACUUAUGUAAAACUAUUGAAUUGUUAAGUCAGGUGCAGAAUAUUUGGUUCUAUCCAAUCAUCUUAAACAGUUGCACAGCAUCGUUUUCUAUUCAGAAAAAUCGUCAGACGGCAAUGAAGCUAUUCUCACUGCAGAUACUUUACAAAACUGACACAUCAGCUAAAUUAUUACAAGCUUCACAUGAACUAUCAGACUUCGGUUAUUUUCAGCGAUCCAGUGUUCGGGAAUUUAUGGACUUUACUGCUAAAGUGGUGUGUGAACGAACAGCUCGUUGCCAGCGUGCACAAAUUAAACAACAAGAUUAUAUUUGUCAUGUUUAUGUUCGGCAUGAUAAUCUAUGUGGUGUACUAAUUUGUGACCAAGAAUAUCCUCCAAGGGUUGCUCAGACGUUACUAACCAAAGCCGCUGAAGAUUUCGCACUCCAAUGUCCUGCAUCUACUUGGACAAAUAUGGCUGUUGGAUCUAAUCCAUGCAAAAAGAUCGAUGAAUAUUUACAGAAAUAUCAGAAUCCUAGUCAAGCAGAUGGUUUAAUGCGACUUCAGAAUGAAUUAGAUGAAACAAAAGUUAUUUUACAUAAUACAUUAGAAUCGUUAUUGUCUAGAGGUGAAAAACUUGAUGAUUUAGUUGAACGAUCCGAAGGUCUUAGCUUACAAUCAAAGAUGUUCUAUACUACAGCGAAGAAAACAAACAAAUGCUGCAUUAUACUGUAA